AUGGGCUGCCGAGUUUGUCGCGCGAGAAAGGUCAAAUGCGACGGCCGACCCAACGGGUGCCGCAAUUGCGAGCGCCUCCAGCUUGAAUGCGUCGACGAUGACGGAUCCAAGUCUGGCCGUCGUUCAGUUCCCGUCUCUCUGCGAAAGAUCCGGACAUACCGGUCCUGUACCAGCUGUCGCGUCUCCAAGACCAAAUGCGACGGCGACCGCCCGAAAUGCUCGCGAUGUUGCGCGAGGGACCUCGAGUGCCAGUACGACGGCGGCUCGGCUCCUCGCUGGGCCCGCCACCUGAGCAAGGCGCCCACCUCGGCUUCGACCGAGGAGGAUUUGAACUCUUCUCAGGAUGCUUCAUCCAUCGCCGGAGAAAGUACCACGUCGCGAAGCUUGAUCCAAUCCCGAGAGACCGACGACACGCCGUCCAAAUCGCAGAGAUCCAUCACCCGAGAAACGAGCAACGCCGUCCCUCCGAUUGAUUUUUCCGACGACACCGAAUUAUCUAUUCAUUCAUGGCUUGUGUCACCGGAUCUUCCGUCCGGGAACAACAUCCGUACUGUAGUAGACCACUACUUUGCAAACAUCCACCCCCUCCGAUGCUUUGCUUUUGUACAUCGGCCAUCUUUUACUCGGCAACUCGAUAAAGGUCUUGAAAAUGAUGAUGAAAAGGCGUUACUGUAUACUAUCUGCGCACAAGGAGCCAAAUUUUAUGCCUUGAGCCUCGAAGUAGAAGAUCAGGACGCCAAAGCAAGCUUGAUCCGUGCCGCAGGGAACCGUUGGGCACAGAAAGCUGAGCUGCUGGUUCUCACCAACUUUGGCAAGAUUUCCAUUCAAAGGCUCAUGACAUGCGUUCUACUCUACGACUUCCAUUUCCGCUUGGGAGAAUACACACAAGCUCUCAUGCUGAGUGGUCUCGCCGUCCGGAUGGCCCACGCCUUACAGCUCAACGUUGAAUUCUCCCCUGACAUCCUCUGUGCCGAAGCAAACGAAUCUGCCCCGCCGGCCGUCGAGAAGGAAAGCCGUAGAAGACUUAUGUGGGCUUGCUACAUCUUGGAUGCCUGGACGGGUAGCGGCGUUGACCAGUUGACCCUGCUGCGCGAAGCAGAUAUCAAGAUCCAGCUGCCGUGCAAUGAACGUAAUUUCAGGCUCCGGAUUCCUUGUGUAACCGAAACCCUUGGCGUGGGACACGUUUUGCAGUUUCUGCCUCCUGCCAUUGUUCCACGAAGGCCGGCUGCCAACAUGGGCAUCAUGGCUUACUACAUCCGAAUCGUCACGCUGUGGAAGCGGGUUGUCAGAUAUGUCAAGCACUUGAAUACGAGCCCGCCUCCCUGGCUUCCCGAAUCCGACUUUGCUGCUCUUGAUGCCGACUUGAGGUCAUGGGGUCGGCAUCUCCCCGAGUUUAUCUCAUACUCCACCGAUACCAUCUACGCCCGCCUGGAGUCGGAUCAGCUCGGUUCACUUGUCGUACUUCAUUGCACAUACCAUCACAAUCUUCUAGAUCUGUACAGAAUAUCCAUGCCGGAUCUGUUCAAGUUGAUAAAACCCUUCUACUUCCCGCCCAACCAGCAGGAGUUUCUACAGUCCUUGCAAGCCGACUGCUUUUACCACGCUCAGCAGAUUGCGAGCAUUCUUUCUGAGGCUGUUCGCCAUGGAGCACGUUAUUUAGCUGACAGUCUGCUUCCCUGCUUUGCUUAUGAUAGCAGUCGGGUUAUGCUCUACUAUAUCGCUCGGUUACUCGAUCUGAGCAGACCAGAUGCCGAGACCAUUGUUGCAGACGCCAUUAACGCUGUUGAAAGCAACAGCAAGAUCCUGAGGACCAUGGCUGCUUUGUUUCCCCUAGCUGAUUCUCUGGCCACUACGACGGAGAGAUGGCUUGCCAAGAUUCGCAAGAGCUUCGCGCAAGAUGAGCAUAUGAGUGACAUGCCUCGGCAGGAUGAUCAGGAUAGAUCACCAGUGCUUAAUGAAGGCUCCUCUCAGAGCAGCCCCGACGACACCCUCGGAGCGCUCGGGUUGACUCGCUUAGCCCGUGGCGAGGCUCGGGACACUAAACAUGGAGAGCACGACCCCUGGCAUAGGGGUAGUGGAAGUGUCAGCCCAACCAUGAGUAGGGCUGGACUUGGAAGCAAUUCGGGAUCAGUCUCGGGUCGGCGCAGUCAGCUUGAGGAAACGCCUGCUCGAUCCAAACUCCAACAUGAACAACCUGUGGCUUUGCGAACACCACCAGGAACCCUGACCUCACAUAUGGACAACCAGGCAGUUGACCUGAGCGACCUACAAAACUACUUGUCCUGGGACAUGUAUGGCAUCAUGGAAAUGAGCGAAGCGGGCCUGAAGGCUGGCAUUGAAGGCAACGCUCUGCCAUCCUGGACAGGCGCGAUGUAA